UCAUUUUGUGCGGGUGUGUAGCGGAUGUGUUGCGGCGUUGACGACGUAUUAAAAAAAGUCUCGGAAGUGUUUAAUAUGGGGGUUUUUUUCUUGUAUGCAUUCGCUUGACUACAUAUGUAUAUAAAAAUAUUAAGUAAAAAGUUAAAUUGUGAAAAUAAACAAGACUAAAAUUAACAACAAAAUAAAUAAACUAAAAGCAUCAACAUUUAAGUACCCCACAUCUCAAAAAAAAAAAAAACCAAUCCAAUUUAUACAAGUGUAUAAAAAAGGAUUUUGUGGCGAUGUCCACCGCCGAUACGGGGUCGUCGCCUGGCAAAAGCAACAGCAGCAACACCACUGGUGUGAAUGUUAAUCUCAAAGGAGUGCAGCGCCGUCAAUUGCGCGAGCGGAAACAACGAAAACUUUACCUUGACGAGUGGACACUGGGCGAUGAGGAUGCAGAGGGUACCCGUGGCUUCAGUGUUGCCGAAAAACUCGAGUCCACCAAGUUUGCCCAAGCAGGAAUGGUUCGGGAAAUGCGUGGAGGCGAUCUAACAGUUGCCUUUCUACAACAGCAUGGAUUUAACAUACCUUUACUUUUUCGUGAAAAAAAUGGUUUGGGUCUGCGAAUGCCAGAUUCGCAAGAGUUUACGGUUAACGAUGUUCGCCUGUGUGUGGGAUCGCGUCGACUGCUGGAUGUCAUGGAUGUGAAUACACAAAAGAAUUUGCAAAUGACAAUGAAAGAGUGGCAACAGUACUAUGAAAACCCCCAAAAGGAUCGUUUACUGAAUGUUAUAUCCCUUGAGUUCUCUCAUACACGCCUUGAUAACUUUGUGCAAAGUCCGGAGAUAGUUCGCCAAAUUGAUUGGGUCGAUGUUGUCUGGCCUAAGCAGCUAAAGGAUGCACAAAAGGAGGGUACCAAUAUACUAGGCGGAAUGAUGUAUCCCAAAGUACAAAAAUAUUGCCUAAUGUCCGUGAAAAACUGUUACACCGACUUUCACAUUGACUUUGGCGGCACAUCCGUGUGGUAUCAUAUAUUGAAAGGAAGCAAGGUCUUUUGGCUCAUACCGCCCACCGAUCGUAACCUACAUCUCUACGAGAAGUGGGUUCUAUCCGGCAAACAAGCGGACAUAUUCUUUGGAGACACUGUUGAGAAGUGCGCGCGUGUCUAUCUGACCGCUGGCAACACGUUCUUUAUACCCACCGGCUGGAUACAUGCUGUUUACACACCCACCCAAUCCCUCGUCUUUGGCGGUAACUUUCUGCACUCAUUUGGCAUUGUCAAGCAGCUGAGAACAGCCAGCGUCGAGGACAACACAAAAGUACCACAAAAGUUUCGUUAUCCCUUUUUUACUGAAAUGCUCUGGUAUGUGCUUGCCCGAUAUGUGUACACGCUACUAGGUCAAUCGCAUCUGGAGGGUGAGGCGUCGGCCGGCGAAGCAGAAAUGAUUACGCGCCCUCAUACGCAUCUUACACAUUACGAGCUCUUUGGGCUAAAGGAGAUCGUGAUGUAUUUGUAUGAUUUGCCGCCUCAAAAGAAGAAUGUGCCCAGUCUUGUUCUGGAUCCGGUGGCACUAAUCAAAGAUGUGCGCACGCUGGUCGAGCGCCAUUGCAAGGAUCAGCAGGACUUAGCCGUUACGGGCAUGUCUGUGCUGCGUCCAGCAACCGAGCAACAGCCUUUCUUUCAGAUAUACGAUCGCACGCGGGUUAAGCAGGAGAUAAAGCAGGAGAUCGCACGGAAGAAUGCCGAAAUCAUACGAGAACAGCAGGAAUUGGAUGCCGCUAGAGAGGCCGAAGCAGAGGGUGUGUCCGAUACGGCUACCAAUAGCAGCAGUAUCCCAAACCCUAUGAGCAGUAGCAACAAUAAAAAUAUUAGUAACAGCAAUAGUUAUGGUAACUCUGUUGUCGAAUAUAGUAAUGGAGUCCUGAAGAAAGAUCCACUGCAAAACGGGAAUCAGUCAGAAGCCACAUUUGUGCUACCCACAGAUACCCUCAAGUAUCGUCCACCCAAAAAAAUGCACCUAGCUAAUGCAGUAGCUGCUGCUGCAAUCGGCAACAAUAAUGGUGGUAGUAGUGGUAGUAUCAACAAUAACAACAACAACAUUAAUAGUAUCACAAAUGUCAGCUGCAAUGCGAUAAGUGUGAUUGCCAGAUGCUCUAGCUAUGGUGACACCUUGAGCACUGCUGCCACGCUGGAGAAUUGCCCAUCGCCUGGAGAGGCUGGAGCCAAAAUGUCACCACAUUUGACGGGUACCGGACAACCAAGGCGUCGACGCACGCGCUGCAAGAACUGUGCCGCUUGCCAACGCUCCGACUGCGGCACGUGCCCCUUUUGUAUGGAUAUGGUAAAGUUUGGUGGCCCGGGUCGCGCUAAGCAGACGUGCAUGAUGCGUCAAUGCCUGUCGCCCAUGCUGCCAGUGACGGCACAGUGCGUAUACUGUCAUUUGGAUGGCUGGCGGCAGACGCCUGUAUCGCCGCAAACCAAGCUUCUCGCAUCAGUGGAGGGGCCUUCAGCUCUAAUGGAGUGCUCCGUUUGCUAUGAGAUCGCCCAUCCCGACUGUGCACUUUCCCAGCUCGAUGGCACUGAGGAUGCAGCCGAUGCCAAGGGCAUUGUCAACGAGGAUCUGCCCAACAGCUGGGAAUGUCCAAGCUGCUGUCGCUCCGGAAAGAACUAUGACUAUAAACCGCGUCAUUUUCGAGCUCGUCAAAAGUCAUCGGAGGUGCGCCGGGUUUCCGUUUCCCAUGGUGGCAGCUCUCUGGAGGUUCUUGACGUUGCUGCUGGUGCGUCUGUUGUAGGUGGCGCUAGUGGUUCGAGCAACUUGCUGCCGCCUCCAAUGGGUCAGUACAACGAUUUUGUUUUCACCAGUGAAUCGGAAAUGGAAUUGGGCGGCAAUAGCAACUUGCAUUGGAAGCACGGCAUGAAACGUCACCAUCAACUAGAGAUGAAGACAGAGCGUAACAACAGCUGCGACACUCCCUCGCCAGAAAUUGCUUUGCCUGUUACUUUAAGCGAGAAGGCGAAACGACGCAAGAGCGAUGACGGCACUAGCGUUAGCAGUAGCAUGCACGAAAGCAACGAUGUGCCUUGCUCCAGUUCCGUGGAUUGCCACACGUCUAUAGGCACAAUAGGUGGUGCGAAUGUUGCUACCACAGGACACAACAGCGGCGCCAGCGGAGUCUCACGCAAGAAAAAUUCAAUACGCUCACAGCUGGCGCAACAGAUGCUUAAUUCAUCCAGCAGGGUACUAAAGAAGCCUCAGUAUGUUGUGCGCCCAACGCCAUCCUCCAGCUCUAGUCUGGGCUUAAACGGGGCCAGCAGUGCCACUAACGGCCUUAACAAUGGAGUGGGCAAUAGUGUGGCAUUAACUGUUGCUGCUGCUGCUGGAAGCGUAGCUGGCGUUGGUAGCAUUACUAGCAACGGUGCUAAUGGGCAUCAUGGACAUCAAAAUAACGUACAUAGCUGCAGUGGAGGUGGCAGUGGUGGUAGUAGUGGCAGCAACAUCAGCUCGCAUAAUCUAGCGGUGGAUGCAACAGUUUUAAAUAUCAUAUUUCGUUACCUUCCACCGGAGACGCUGGUUACUUGCUGUUUAGUGUGUAAGGCCUGGUCGACGGCAGCAGUGGAUCCUGAUUUAUGGAAACGUAUGAACUGCUCAGAGUUGAAAAUGUCCGCCUCGCUGUUGACUGCGAUUGUGCGUCGACAGCCGGAGCAUCUCAUUUUAGACUGGACACAGCUGGCCAAGCGCCAACUGGCCUGGCUUGUGGCGCGCUUGCCGGCGCUCAAGAAUCUGUCACUGCAGAACUGUCCCAUACAGGCGGUGCUAGCGUUGCACACAUGCCUUUGUCCGCCCUUGCAGAUACUCGAUAUGAGCUUUGUGCGUGGCUUGAACGAUGCCGCAAUACGAGACAUACUCUCGCCCCCUAAGGAUUCGCGUCCAGGUCUAAGCGACUCAAAGACACGCCUGCGUGAUCUUAAGAUACUAAAGAUGGCGGGUACGGAUAUUUCGGAUGUAGCCGUGCGCUAUAUUAUGCAAUCAUUGCCUUAUCUAAAACACUUGGAUCUCUCAUCAUGUCAGCGUAUUACCGACGCGGGCGUCGCCCAGAUCGGCACCUCACCUACAGCCAUUGCUCGCCUUGUUGAACUCAAUUUGAGCGCCUGUCGCUUGGUCUCGGAAAAUUCCCUGGAGCACCUAUCCAAAUGUGAAAGUCUCGUCUGGCUUGACCUCAGACAUGUGCCUCAAGUAAGCACCCAAUCUGUCAUACGCUUCGCUAGCAAUUCCAAACACGAUCUGUGCGUCAAGGAUAUAAAGCUUGUGGAACGCCGUCGACCCUCACUUACCAAUAACUGAGGCGCGACUAAGGAUAGCGACAAUAGUGAAACACGUUAUAUCUUCUAUCCACAACACACUUCCCCCAUUAGUUAAGCUUUUAAGUUCAUUAAUUUAAGAAUUCGUUCUGAUGUCAGACCCACAUCCUUCUAAUUCUUACGAUCACACACUUUAAAUUGCUGCAAUAGUAGCUCUCAUACAAAGACCAAAGAAUGCUGUUUCCAUAUAAUGUGAAAUAUACAAAAUGUCUUUCGCAUAAAAUACAACAGAAAUCGAUUGUUCUAAUGUAGUUGAUGAUGAAGAUGUCUGAACUCCGGUCGAGUUUAUAAUUCAUACUAACGUAUUCUGCUUUUUAUACACUUUGACAUUUUUAUUUAUUUAUUUAUUUUUUUUUUUGUAAAAUGCUGAAAGAACAUACAUAUUCAUGUCUACCGAGCAUAGAUUUCUAUGCAUAAAGUGUUUUCCCUUUCAAUAUUAUAUUUAAAUAGGUUACCUUUAGUUCAAAUCAGAGCCUAGAAGAGAAGGCGUGAAUAUUAACAUAUGUACUUUUGGUUGUAAUAUACGAAACAUUAGAGCACUCAUGUAUGUAUAAGCAUUCCCGCAUUCAUGUUCUGUGUAAGUGUUUAAAAAUAAAUAAUAAUAAAAUGCAAUAAACGAGUCCAUGUGUCAUAGUUAUAGUGAACAUACUUACAAUGUGUGUCUACUUGUUGCCAAUAAUAUUUAGAGAGAAAAGCAUGGCUAAUAAACCGUAGUACAUGCCUAGUUGCACUUAAGCUUAGCUUAGCAUAGGAUAAUACAUACAACCUCUUAACACUUGAGAUUGAUUUUAAAAAUAUUACACUUACAUAUAAAACGUAUGUGUGUAUUUAUUCUCUUUAAUUAUUAAAGAGAAAAACUUAUUUUAAAUUUUUUUGUAGAAAUACGCACAUUACUACCCACUUCCGGUAGUAUAUAGUCGUUAUCUCUGACUCGCCCGCGUUAAAUUGCACCAACACGCUUUCUCAUCACAUGUAGAUGAUUCAUGAUAUAGACAUAGCAAAAAAUAUUAAUUAUGAUAAUAAAUAUAAGUGAUAUAUAUAUAUAUAUAUAUAUAUAUGUUAGCUAAGA